AUGGCUAAGCAAACUGCUUCCCAAACUGUUGAACCAGUUAAACAGCCAAGAGGUCCAUCAUCUUUAUUACAAACAGAAGAAGGUAUAAGAAAUUAUCACUUAUCACAAUUCUUAAAUAAUUUAGGUAUAUUUAGUACAGAAGAUUUAGAAAGAAAUUAUCCUAUAAAACCUUUUCAAAGAUUUUACUCACAGCAAAGCAAUGUUUUUGCUAGAAUUAAUAGAGUAGAAGAGGAAAUAAAUGAAACUUGUAAUACAAUUGAUGAGCCAUCUGAUUUUGCUAUAAAGAGAAAUUCCAAACAUAUUACCAAUUUAUUAGGAUGGUAUACAGAUGUGUCAGUUAUUCUGAAAGAUAAAGAAAACAAGACUGUCAUAAUUAUUAAAAAUUUUGUUUGUAUUGAUAAUGGUGAACCUGAACUAAUGCUAUUUUUAGCUCCAGUAGCUAAGAAUCUGCCAAAAGAAGAGCAGAAGAUAGUUCCUCAGAAAUCUUCUUUGAAUAAUUCAGCCCAAAUUUCCUUUAGCCUGACUAGUAAAGUUCUUGCAGAAAGAUGUUCUCAACUUACUAAGACAAAGAUGAAAGAAUAG